AUGGUGGAUGUGGCGGUGAACGACAGCAUGCGUUUCUUCCUGGAGAUGGUGGGGGAGCGAAGCUUGGAUCAUGUCAAGGCAUCUGACAAGGUCCACCUGAACCUGAUCAACGACGUGCUCCAGAAGCAGCUCUCCAAGACAUUCAGGCGCACUGAGAGGGGCAGGCCAGACUUUGAAGACUGGGACAGAGCCGUGCUUCUCUUUGGCAAUGGACUCUACUCAAUCGCCAGUGUUGUCAGCGACCGGACGACACAGCUCUUCACCGAGGCGUUGCCUCAUGCAGAGAAAUCCCUCAGGAUUCUCAAGUCUUUCGACGACGUCCGACGCCUCACCAUCAUCCGCCUCACUAUCACCCACUACCUGAAGCGCCGCAACCCGAUAGAGAGGAGGAUGUCUUGCAUCAGCAUCAUGAAAGAUCUCCUCAACCACAUUGAUGUGGUGGACUCUCUUGCGGAGUUGGUGAAGGUGUCGUCGAAGAGAGACGACGCGUCCGAGAUGCCUGACUCGGAAGAGCUGAGGAGCAGCCGACAGGUGCUGAGCCUGAUCCACCAGAUGGAUUCCACCAUAAACAAGUACAUCACGGCAAAGUCAGGCCCUGGGACGCUGAUAGACAGGAAGGUAGCAUGGUCUGCCCUCAGAGUCACUCAGUGGAUACGGGCGCACCAACGGGACGUCCUGGCACUGACUGUGCAGGUCAACGGCUCCUUCAUCAUAUCCUGCGGUGCGGAUUGUGUCAUGAAGCUCUGGAGCAUCUCCCUCGAAGGGAUGAAGGAGGACUUUCAGUUCCACGGACAUCACCACUCCGUUGCGUCUGCUGUGUAUGACGACCAGCUCGACCAGAUCUUCUCCGUGUCAUAUGAUGGCUACGUGCGCAAGUGGAGCGCGGGGACCCCGAGCCCACUCGCUGCUCGACAAGCGCAUCGCUCCUCCCUUCACUGCAUCGUGCUUGAUAAGGAGCAGCAUGUGUAUCUCACAGGGGGAGCCGAAGGAGCCGUCAGGGCAUGGAAGGCUGAUGAUCUGCAUGAAGUAGGCAGUAGCGAGCCGCUGAGGGCGAGCAUCGAGUGCCUCGCGCUGUACUCUGCCAGGAGGGUGCUCUUUGCUGGGGGUUUCGACGGGUCCAUCGUUCUGUUCCAAGUGACGGUGGAGGAGGGAGGGCUGAAGUUUCAGAGGACGAAGCGGAUACAAGGGCACGAGCAGAGCGUGAACGGGCUCGUUCUGGAUCUCUACCUGAAGCUCCUGUGCUCGGCAGGAGACGACACGACGAUCAAAGUAAAAGCUACUUGUCCUCAGACCGUUCCUUCAGUCUCCUGCAGAGGGCAUGCGGAGCCUGUCAGGUCGCUGGUCGUGGACGAGACCAGGUCGCGGCUGCUGUCGGGGGGGGCCGAGGGCAACGUCAUGGUUUGGAGUCUCAAAGCAGCAAGGGAGGAGGAGGUCAAGGGAGAGCUUUUGCUCCACGUCUCCGCAAGGAUCUGCUGCAUUGCGGGGGACCAAUACUUGAAUCGCCUCUACAUCGGAGAUAGGUCAGGAGGGAUAAGAAUGAUGUGGAUGUGA